AUGUCGGUCCAUCAGUGCGCCGCCCCCGCUCCUUGCCUCCCCAAACGGCCCCCCAGCCAAGGCCAGAGCUGCCUGCCCGCCUGCUUGGCCCAGUGCUGCCUCACCCGGUCCAGCAUGCUGGGCACCGCGAUCCUGCUGCUGGCCCUGCUCCCAGGGGUGACCACCUUGCCCAGCGAGCCAGCUGGGAUUCCCUCGCUCGCUCGGGGUGGUGAAGAAGAGCUCUGGGAAGGGGGCUCCGCCCCCAGGAAGGCGCAGCUUUGCGCCCAGGCUCAGGGGCUGGGCCGGGAUGUCCCGCAGGUCUCCCGGGGGUACAUCACAGCUGCUUUUCGGCUGGCGGUGGGAAGCGCGGAGCCGAGAGCGGUGUCCCCGUUCCCCGCGGCGCCAGGGCCCAGGCUGCGCCGACCCCUUUUCCGUCUGGAGCUGUCGGACGCGGAGGGCGCCUUCCCGCGCCGCGCGGGGCCGUUGGAGGUCCCGGCUGACAGCCGCGUGUUCGUGCAGGCGGCCCUGGCCCGUCCCUCCCCGCGCUGGGGCAUGGCCCUGCACCGCUGCUCGGUGACACCAUCCUCACGCCAGACCCCGGGCCCCGCCCUGGCGCUGCUGCGCGGGGGCUGUUCCGCCGACUCCUCGGUCACCUUCCCGCCACCGCGGCCGCUCCCAGGUGCCGCUCGCCCCGCGCGCUUCAGCUUCCGCCUGCGCCCGGUCUUCAACGCCUCUGUGCAGUUCCUGCACUGCCAGCUGAGCCGCUGCCGCCGCCUCCGGGGAGCCCGCCAGACGCCUGCGCCUCUGACGCUGUCUCCACCGUCGCCGCCCCUUAGGUGUCUGCCUCGGGAUGAGGCGUGCGCGGGCGCCGGCAGUGGCCGCGAUGAGAGUCUGGGUGCCGACAGUCCUCACUUGCACACGCUGACGCAGCCCAUCGUGGUCACGGUGCCGCGGCUGCCCGCCAGGCCACCCAAGGGCGUCGCCGGAAGAGCCGUGCGACCCGAGCCUCCCGCGCCGGCCCCGGGGGUCCUGGAGCCCGCGCCGGUGGUAGCAUUUGUGUUGGCCGCCUUCGUGCUGGGCGCCGCUCUGGCCGCCGGGCUCGGCCUCGUCUGCGCUCACUCAGCGCCCCUGCCCCCCGGCCCGCCCCCGAGAGCCUCGCCCAGCGGCCCCCCGUCCAGGAGGCCCCAGUGA